CCCCUGCCUCAGCGCCUCCCCUCAGCUCUUCCCGCCUCAGUGCCUCCCCCUCAGCGCUUCCCGCCUCAGCGCCUCCCCUCAGUGCUUCCCGCCGCCUCCCGCAGCAAUUACCGGGAGUGAGGAGCCGCAGGAGCCCUCGGCAGGCGCCGGAGCCCCGCUCCCGGCAGGAGAGGAUGAGGUGAGAUCACGGUCGGUUUGAGUCCAGUGAAGGCGCGGACAGCAGCAGGGCAGCGGCUGCCUCAGAACUGCGGGACAAAUCUACAGCAAGUUUCUUUCCCCUGGCAUUGCAGUACAGUCUAGUAAGUAGAAACUCCUUUAGCAUUUAUGAAGGAAUGUUCAGUAUGUUGAACCUCGGUGAACCUUUAAGGCAGGACUGGGCAGCCGUGCGGGGAAUGCCAGAGGUGAUCAUGGAUCUGAGGCGGGGGCUGUGGGAGCUGCCGAGAUCAUCCAGGAUCAUCAGUGGGUGCUGCCGAAGCAAUGGGCGAAAAUGGGAAAAUUCUUUCUUAAUUAAUGUAGCCAUGUGUAAAACUCAUUAAUGUGAACUAAAGUCACAAGCGUCUCUGUGGGCUGAACCGCAAAGUGAAAGGGCUCAGCGGUUUUCCCCUUCACCAAAGAUAACAUCUUGUAAUAUCCCCUUACUGGUGCAAAACAAGGAAGGGCAGAGCAAGACACGGGGACUAGCCCCUCCUGGCUCACAGAGCUUCUUCCAGCAUCCCAGAGUUGGGGAAGCUACAAGGAGGAGUGAUUGAUAAUGGUGCCACCACAGCUUGUCUCACAGAUGGCAAAGGAAUAACCUGCUAUCAGGGUGUCUGUCUGUAUUCCUGCCAAAAAGCACAGAUGAUAUUCCCUAGCUUGUUUUGAAGUGAGCUCUGCUGGAAAUUCUGUGUCUCACUCAUCAUCUGUGCCACUGCAGCCUACUUCAGUAACCAAGUAACCUGCUGUGUCAGAAAUGUGUCUGGUUUUGUGUCAGAGGUGGAAAGGAAGCAGUUUCGAGGUCUCACCCAGACAAUGAUGCGCUGAUACACCACCCUUCGCUAUGCUUGGUGUUUGUGUGCAGUGUGUAAAAAAACACAAGUCAACUCCAUCAUCACAAAACACAAUCAUCACUUAAUUGCAGUGAUGAUUCAGCUCCUCAUAAAGCUCUGAAUGGAGCUGGUGAGCUCCAGAUCCGUGUGAGACACGUUGGGAGCUUACUGCAGUCUGGAUGUAGAAACAUCUGCACCGUGUGAUACCAGUUAAAUGGCUGCUCACAUGUUUCUCUGGUGAGUAACUGGGAACUCAUUUGCUGGUUUCUACUUUCAAAUAGCGAGACUUUUCUUUAAAAGACUCAGUUUUAGUGCAGGAAGACACUGGCCUUGCUUUUAGAGAACCAGAUGACAGCCUCUUCUGAGCUGUCUCAGGUUUUAUUAGGAUGCACUGCAGUCGCUCAGGCUUGGGAACAGAAUUUGUUUCAUAAGUAUGUGGUCUCUGUGCUGCAUGUGAAGAGCUUAAAGAAACAACACGAAACUACCAAACUCAAGAAAAGAAAAUUUUUUAGCACUUUUGCAGCAGCAGAGAGCUGGGAUUUUCCAACAGACAAUGAGGAAAUAGCUAGAGGUGGUGACAAUUCCUCUUUUAGGUCUCAUGGAUAGUCCAGCUUUUGCAUCCACUUUUUAUGCUGUCACAGCAGUCACUUCUAAGCACUUCUUCCGUGCAAGAGGUCAGUUUGGACCCAAGAGCCUAAGGAAUGCUUUGUACACAUUUGAAUUACUACUGCCUACAGACAGGGUGCUGGUAAAAGUCAUUUAGUACCUUCCAGGCACAGGACACACAGAGAGCAGAGCGCACAGGCCCAGCCAGUACCGUUUAACUCCAUUUAAAGUCUACCAAGUAACUCUUACUGCUAAAAGACACAUUCCUUGCAAAGAUAAACCUUCCUGUGAGAUCCUCGUGAAGAGCUUGUUGGCAGCAAUGGUCAGUCGUGGCUUCUGAGCUCCCACUCCUGUGCUUUCAUCAUAUUUACUGUCAGCCUGGAAGGACUCUUUCCACCAUGACCUCUUUCGAGGAAGCCGAAACAGAAGAAACAGUGACGUGCCUCCACCUGACCUUUUACCACCCUGGCCAGGAUGAGAAGAUGAUGUUCCGCUGCCUGAAUUUCUGCAAGCGUGAGCAGGUCAGGGCGGACGACGUGGCCAAGUUCGGCCGCGAUUCCAGCGUCUGCCGCUACAACCUGAUGGAUACGCGCGUCUCCCGGAUCCAGUUCUCCCUGCAGUUCUACAGGAAGCUCCAGGCCUCGGAAUAUGGUUUUGAGAUAAAGAACUUGAGCAAGAAAACAAAACUGACCGUCAACCAAACAGAACUGGGUUACUUAAACAAAAUCGACCUGCCCUGGAAGUGCAUCAUCUCUUUCGGGGACUACCAGAUCCUAGCAGAGAUUCAAGAAGGGGAGGCCAUGGAUUAUUUUGAGACUCACUUACACUUGGCCGAAGCACCGAUCCUACAAGAAAGGUGCCUGCCAUGCCUGCCAUCCCUGCAACCUAUACCCGAGAAUGGCGUUUCUCCUUCCUAUUUUCUUUCCCAAGGAAAAAGCCCCACAGAGAUGGAUGAAAAUGAGCUGUGAUAGCGGGGAGAAGGAGGCUGGGUCAGGUUUUGCGGCCUGUACAGCUUCCAGCGUAGACAGCUCUCACCUCAGCCUGCUGCUCUUGGUGGUGCUCACUGACUGCUGCACAUCAGUCUUCAUGGUGUUUUCAGCACAGGCAUUCCAGAGCACUGUUCCACAGAAAAGGAUUCUUGCCUUCACUGAGGCCUGAGGGCUCUCUGAUGCCCUGUGGGAGACAGGGGGUCACUCAAAUCCAUGGCAGCAGGUUCAAUGCCAGAAGUGUGGCCAUGUGCCUCAAAGGGAUAUUUCCCAGGCAUUAAAACAGAGCGUGCACAGCAGGGCUUCGGUCCCAGCCAAGGGGUGACGCAAUGUUUUGUUGCAUGUUAUAGUUUCUGCUUUGCUGUGGACACCAAACUCCAAAACAGUAUUUGCAAGCCUAGGUUGUAACUUGACAGAUUUUGCAACUUAGAAACACUUUGUCCUUUUAUGUUUUUAUUAGCUUCAAAGCAAGGUUUGUUUUUUUUUUUUAUUUUUACUUACUCGACAUAUAUAUAUAUAUAUAUAUAUAUGUAUAUAUUUUUUGCAAGUUAACUUGUUACUUUUGCUUGUGAUGUAUACAAACAUAGCAUCAAUGAUCACAGUCCAUAAAAAUCUACAUUAAUUUUGUAAUAAAAGCAUUUUGUUCCCUA